AUGCCGGUACUCCACGGCGCCAUCGUACUCCAAAUCGUCGAGUACUGCGAUGCAGACACGAUUAAAACCCUGCUCUCAAUAGCGGGAUUCCGGGAAAUCAUCGAAGAAUAUCACACCAGCAUCGCCCGGAAGCUGAUUCGGUGGGACGUGGGCGACGAGACUUUACGCGGCAAGUUUCUGCUCGACACCUUUGACGAUCUCUCCGGCCGUCCGUGCAGUGAGCGUGCAGUGAUCCCGGUGUCUAGUUUGUACGCCAUCGACAUUGUGGAAAGGCGAGUAUCCCUCGUCGAGUGGUUGCUGAAGAGGCCGCUUCUGUGCACGAGAAAUGACAGCGACUGGCCGCACUUGAACAAGCUGACGGAGCGGGAGACGAUGCGUCAGAUGGUACGGGAGGCCCUUUCCUUGUGCGACCACCUGGGUGACAUCGAGGCUUCCGUCAUUGGGCUGUCCGACCUGAGUGGGUUCGACGCGCCGGCGCUGCCGCAGAUGAGCAUCGACCAUGUGCUUGCUCACCAGUGGACCACGGUCAGAAAUGGACUCGAGUUGGCGCCGCAGAGCCGAGCCGAGCAGAUGAGGGAGCGGUACGUGCGGUGGUUGGUGCGAGGGCGCCAAAGGCAGUAUCUCAAAACACUGAAGACCCGGCAGCUGCUGAGCAUUGUGUUGCUGCUACGCCUGAUCGGAGAGGGGUUGCCUCGAGAAAGUGGGCGGGAGCGCGACCCAGAGCGUCGGUGGAAGCUGUUGCGGGGGGUCAACGAGUGCGUGCUGCGGCACGGGACGUGGUUCCUGUCGGCGUACAAGGCGGACGCCCCGUGCUAUAUCCGACGGCACCAGCAUGCCAAUGACCUGAUUAGGCAUGCGAAACGGGGCUUGGCGGCGCGUCGGCACUCGGGAGGACUUGUGUGGCAGAGCGUCAAGCGGAGAGAAGUGUCGGUGACGCUGCACAGGGAGCUUCAGCGAAGACAGAGGGCCGAAGGGCGAGGCAGCAACGUCGAGGUGGCCACGGAGGCGCUGAUCAUGGUGGAUGAGGUGAUUCGAGGACCGCAGACGGUGAGGCCCAUAACGUCUAUGUUUUCGCCGGUGCCGGCUUGA